AUGAUUUGCUUUUCCUGGCUAGGAACCUACUGCAGGUAAAGAGUUAGUUAUGUCAUAAUAUUAGUUAACAACACAUUUGAUAUGUCGUUUUGGAAAAUAAUUACAAAGCAACUUCCCUUCACUCAGUCAUUGCUGUAUACUACCCACCAGGGUUUCUAAUAUUUCCCUGGGAUCUGCAAACCAGAUCACCUGAGGUAAAAUACAAUAUCUGCUACAUGUAUGCAAUAAUAAGCUGUGCUCAGAUUGCAUGCUCUCUUUUCCUUGUAAGAAACGAGAUCACAACAGGUUAACCUAAUAGAUUGUGAAAUGUGUUGUAAGAAGCAAGCCAAGUUGCUAGCCUGACAAGGAUAUGGAUUGACUGUCGAUAUCUGCUGUUAUUGAUUGCUUUAUCCUGAAGAGGUAUUUGUUACAUUAUUAGAAGUUGAUUUGAUUUUUUUUGUUUUUCAAUAUUCACAUUUUAGGCACAUCUUAGCAAGCCUACAUUUUAAUGAAAAUGUUCAACGCGCAACACAAGUUGGGAAAAAUGGACUUGAGUAUAUUAAAGUGUCCUACCCAAAAUAUAAACUUGGGGAGGAAGUAGUCCGUGAUGUGAAAACACCUCCUUCAUAUGGUAAGUACAUUUUAUGUACAUGUAUACCAUUUACACAAACCGGAUUUUGUUUUGAAAAAAGUUGCACCACCUUCUUGCUGGAUAGUGUAAUCUAAAGCAAUAACCUGUAUGAAAAGAUCUUACUUUCAAUUUACUUGCUUUCCUGUUAAUAAUGCAUAUACACACACAUGUAUUGUAAUUGUUUGCGUCAAUCCAGUGAAUUGAAAUGCUCAAAAAUAAUUGAAAGUGCUGUGUAGUUUCAUUUAAACAUUAUCUUAGCUCAAAAGUAAUCUUGUUGAUUUUGCAAUUCAGAUUAUGUCAGUGAGAUGAGAAAGUUGCUUUUUACUUUGCCAAGAGCUGUGAUGAAAGAGACAUUUACAAGGUAUUCCUCAAAAGCUCCAAAAUCCCUGACUUCAGUGUUUGAAGACCGGGUUACAAAGGCUGAUGCAAUAAAGGCAUAUGAAGAAAGGAGA